GAAGAGCCCAGUUAUUCAUUGAAACAAUAACAACCUCCUUCUCUCCGGUUUUGCUACCGUCGAAUUAUCCUUAUCGUUUUUGUCCUGUUCCAGCGCCUAUCCACAUGAACACCCGAAUGCCUGAACUCUCUGAAUAACCUCAACCCACCACAUUACACUCACGCUCACCACGUCACCCCUUCAUGGAUUCAGAAGCGAAUCCUUCUACAGCAGAAGCACCUGCUGCUCCUGAAGGCAGCACGUCAGAACCCCCACCGCUCCCAUAUUCCCUCCGAGACCGGAAAAAGUCGAUUGCAUUCUUCUGGUUCCUAUUUGUCCUCGAUUGCACCGCUCAGCCGCUCGGCUUAUAUUUUGGGCUUUGGUAUGGCACGAACUUGUCGCAUAAUCUGGUCUUCACCAUCGUCACCAUUUCACUGGGCGGUAUCUCAGUAUUCGAGUACUUUUAUCGGCUCUAUAACCUCUUCCGCUCCGAUUCUACAACCCGGCCGUUAAAUGCUAGGAAGUCAUGGAUCAAUUUCACCAUUGUGUGGUUGAUAUUAGCUGUUGAGCUUAUCACGGGAACGGUGCCAGAAGAGCCUUAUGUGCGCCUCGUCGCCAUGGUCCUUCCGACAGUGAUGUUCUAUUUCGGUGCCGUCUACCUUUCACUGGAUAUCCUCCGCGCGUGCGGAUUCAGAGCACCAUUCCGAAUUUCCUCAACACCCAAGGGGGCCGUUAUGCCCACAGCCUUGUACGUUCUUAUCGAAGAUGUGGUUGCAGUUGAUGGAGCUGGAGGUCAGAUGUACCGAUACGCCCUUCGGACGCGGUACCUUUCCAGCCCAUAUUUCCGCCGGAUGCUCGUGCAGAUGAAUUUCUUCUGGGCGGGCGGUUCCAUUAUCUGGGCUGCUGCCAUUACGGCGAUGGUGUUUACAACACCCCAAGACGCCGCCUUCGUUAUCGGAUGGUCAGUGCCAUUUGUCUGGGCGGCCCUUUGGACCGUUAUUACUAUACCCUGGGUUCAAAGCGAUCUCCGGCGCGAGAAAGAAGCGUGGCGCACCAACGGGGCCCAAGGAGGUGAGCCCUAUGCCGACGAUAUCAACGCUCCAAGUGCUAGGACUCGCCUUGAGUCCCUUCAUUUCCCUCGCUUCUUCCCGCAAAGACUAGUCCGAGAGAAACGGUCUGCACAGUCGAUGUCGGAAACGCAAUCGUGAACGAUUGUCAUUCGAGCAUCCAUGUGAUAGUCCACACCACGUAUUGGAACAAACCAGUUCCCCAGUGACGUUGUACGAUUCAUGAUAACCGCGAUAGAUACCCCACGUCUUUCUAUUCGUUCUUGUAUUAUUGCAACGCGUCCAUAUUUCCUUAAGAUACCCCAUCUCACCGAUUCUCGUAUCCCGACGGGGGAGCAAGUACAGCUUAAGCCUGGAGCAAGCUGUAUAGGGGCUCAUCGCAGUCUGCAAACUUUUUUUGAUCUUUCUAUUUGAAUUUCUAUUUGAAGCCAGAUCUGGGCUUAGUUGGCGGUGAGAUUCUGAUUUGAAUCUGCAGCUGCAGAUACUUUCGGAGUUUUCCUUCCAGUCCCAGAACUUCCAGCUCAGCUCUUGUGUCGCAAAGUGUAGAAUUCAGCAGGAAGCAAAUUGUAGUUCUCUUAGAUAUCUCUUCCGUACCUUGACGCAAUUAUAC